AUGGCAACUCAGACACCUGAUCGAAAAUCGGAUUUGGACAGGGACCCUGCUAUCGCUGCAGCAACCACUGCAUCGACAUCCAGCAUGGCGCCCCCGGUCAGUGUCUCAAGGGACGAUAACGAUACCGAGAACAGCAGCGACGGGAAUGGUAACAACAGCAAGACAGGUGGGGCCAAGGACAAGGCCGAUAGUGGCGUUACCGACUUCAAGCCCUCACCCCGUUUCUGGGCCAUCCUCAUCACGUGCGCUAUCAUAGCCCUCCUCAGCGCACUGGAGAACACCGUCAUCACCACGGCGCUGCCUCAUAUCGUCACCGAGCUGGAGAUAGGCGAGAACUACGUCUGGAUCACCAAUGUCUUCUUCCUCACAGGGUAUGUCUUGCAAUCAAGUGCCGCCGUCCAGCCCCUCUUUGGCCAGCUGGCCAACAUCUACGGCCGUAGAUGGGUCACCAUGGCCAUUGUUGCCUUCUUCACACUCGGCAGUGGCAUCAGCGGCGGCGCCACCAACGGCGCCAUGCUCAUCGCCGGCCGCGCCGUCCAGGGCAUCGGCUCGGGAGGCCUUUACAUCAUCAUCGACAUUAUCAUAUCCGACCUGGUGCCGCUGCGCGUGCGAGGCAACUACAUGUCUGUCGUGCUGCUCACCUACACGUUUGGCAUGGGAAUCGGACCCUGGGUCGGCGGAAUCAUUACAGAGAGGACCACUUGGCGCUGGGUCUUUUACCUGACACUUCCGAUUGGCGGCGCGUCGAUGGUUAUGAUCUUCCUCUUCGUCCGAACCGCGUACAACCGCAGUGAGUCGCACCUUCAGAAGCUAGCACGCAUCGACUACACGGGCAACGUAAUCCUGAUGGCUUCCACCGUUGCCAUUCUGUACGCAACCACAUAUGGCGGCACGACCCACCCGUGGUCAUCGGGUCAUAUCCUGUCCCCGCUUCUGAUCGGAUUCGCGGGCUUCGUCCUGUUCGGCUUCUACGAGACCAAGGCCAAGGAGCCAGUGGUGCCCCCGAAUCUGUUCAAGAACCGCACCGUCGUCAUCAUCUUCAUCGCCACCUUCCUCAACUCGAUGGCCCUGUACUGGAACCUCUUCUUCCUGCCCGUCUACUUCCAGGCUGUGCUUGGCGCGUCGGCGGCCCAGGCGGGCGUCGAUAUCCUUCCGGCCAUCCUCACCUCCCUGCCCUUCUCUAUCAUCUCGGUCCUGAUGCUAGUACGCUGGGGCCAGUACAAGCCUCUGCAUAUUUUUGGCUUUGCCGUCUCCGUGAUUGGCAACGGUCUCUUCACCCUCCUAGACCGCGAAACCACGACGGCAGAGUGGGCCAUUUUCCAAAUCAUCAAGGCCAUUGGCUCCGGCUUCGUGCUCAACACCCUCCUGCCCGCCGUCCAGGCGCAGACGCUCGAGCGCCACCAGGCCUCGACGACCUCGGCCUUUGCCUUUGUCCGCUCCUUUGGCAGCAUCUGGGGCGUCGCCAUCCCCGCCGCCAUCUUCAACAAUCGCUUCUCCCAGCUGGCCUGGCGCAUCGAGGACCCGGCUGCACGCGACCUGUUCCAGGGCGGCAACCGGGCCUACGAGAACGCCUACGUCUCCUUCAUCGGAUCUUUUCCCAAGCCGACGCGGGACCAGAUUGUUGGCGUCUAUCAGGACGCGCUCAAGCUGCUGUGGCAGAUCGCUAUCGCGUUUGCGGCCGUCAACUUCCUUAUUGUUUUGUUUGAGGAGCGGGUGCCGCUGAGGACUAAGCUUGAGACUGAGUACGGACUGGAGGAGGAGAAAAAGAAGGAGAGUCAGAAGGAGGCCGAGGGGGUUGCAGCUGUUGAUGUGGAGAAGGAAGCCGCGGAUACCGUUGUGGCAAACGAGCUUAAGACUGGCGAUGUCGCCUGA